GGCGAUUAUUGAUAAGGUGUGUAUUAUCCUUGUCCAAUUCCCACUUAUUUAUUAAAAAAUUAACAAAAAUUGUAAAUAUUUGCGUCUUCUUUUUUUUUCUGCAACAAACAAACUGAGUAGGCCUUGGAAAAGCGGCCAUUUUUGAUUUUACAUAAAUGACAUAAGGGUGGGGGAAACGUCACAAAGCUUCUUCUUUUUUUUUUUUUUUGAAAAGUGACAGUCGAGUUGUGUCAGUCGUGCCGACAAGAUGGAGGGGACGUCCGCCGCCCAAAUUUAAAAAAAAUAAACUGUUAUUUUAAGUUAUAAGUAGUGUUAUAUAAGGCCCUGGGGGUCCUAACAGUAAUAAUAGCCAAAGAAAAACUAUUUUCACCUCAACUAGUAAUCGACGCAGUUGGCACUGGCAAUGCAAGCAUCUCAUUGGGCCACAUGAGGUCCUACAUCAUGAACGAGUUCCAACAAGAAAUCAAAAAGACCCAGGAAACAUCAGAGCUCACCAAAAACUACCAAAAAGAUACCGAGAAACUCAAAAAACGCUUGGACGAACUUCGCAAUGGGGUGACAAGAAUACAAGGGUCUCGUUGCGCCGCCUGCCAUCGUCCCUUGGAAUUGCCCAACAUCCAUUUCCUGUGCGGACACAGUUUCCAUCAGCAUUGUUUCCAGAGUUUUUCCGACGACGAAAACGACUGUCCCACUUGCCAACCCGAAAACAAAAACCUAAUAGAGCUUCUAAAAGCAAGAGAAUACAACAAAGACUUGCACGAAACUUUCCAUUUCCAACUUGAUAAGGCUCAUGAUGGUUUUUCAGUUGCAGCUGAAUAUUUCGGCCGGGGGGUUUUUAACAAUUACAAAAUCCUAAUCGAACCUGAAUCUAAUAAGCCUAAAUUGGACAUCUACAAGCCUCCAAUCACUGAAGGAAGGCUGAGAAUUGCUGAAGGGAAAACACCAAAAAUCGUGGUGGAUCAAAAUGUGACGGAAGCCCGUUUGCGCCAAUCAGAGGGCAGAAUCAGACCACAAAAGAACCCAUUUGAUGAUUAUGACGACAAAAUGAACCCGUUUACUGAGGAUUUGAACCCGUUUGAAUGCGAUAAAAACUUGAAACUUUUUAAUUAA